GGCUAAGUUAAAUUUUGAACACAUCCUAAGAGGCGGUGACGCGACUCGGGUGUGUGCUUUGCAUUUCGAGUUAUUUCGAUCGAAUUUUCGUGAAAAUAUUACAAAAUUGGUGAUAAUUGUGGGAUAAUCUACGACAUAUUUAUAUUUUAGUUGAGUUGACGCAUCCAUCAUGGAGCAGAUCCCGCCUCCCAAGGAGGUGAAGAUCCUCGAGACAGCUGAGGAUAUUCAGGAGCGCCGUGAACAGGUGCUGAACCGCUAUGAAGACUUCAAGCAAGAGGCCCGCGCCAAGCGAGAGAAGCUCGAAGACUCUCGCCGCUUCCAGUACUUCAAGCGUGAUGCGGACGAGCUCGAGUCCUGGAUCCAGGAGAAGCUGCAGGCCGCUAGUGAUGAGAGCUACAGGGACCCCACCAACUUGCAGGCUAAGAUCCAGAAGCACCAAGCCUUCGAGGCGGAGGUGGCGGCGCACUCCAACGCCAUCGUGGUGCUCGACAACACCGGCUCCGAGAUGAUCUCCGCUGGACACUUCGCCUCUGAGACCAUCAGGCGUCGCCUGGAAGAGCUGCACCGCCUGUGGGAGCUGCUCCUCUCCCGGCUCGCGGAGAAGGGCAUGAAGCUGCAGCAGGCGCUGGUGCUCGUGCAGUUCCUCAGACACUGCGACGAGGUCAUGUUCUGGAUUCAUGACAAGGAAACGUUCGUGAGCGCGGAGGAGUUCGGCUCGGACCUGGAGCACGUGGAGGUGCUGCAGCGCAAGUUCGACGAGUUCCAGAAGGACAUGUCCGCGCAGGAGUACCGCGUCACCGAGGUCAACGCCCUCGCCGAGAGACUCGUGCUGGAGGGACACCCGGAGAGAGAGACUAUUGUCAAGAGGAAGGACGAACUUAACGAAGCAUGGCAGCGUCUCCGCCAGAUGGUAGUCAUCCGUCAGGAGCGUCUUCUCGGCGCUCACGAGAUCCAGCUGUUCAACCGAGAUGCGGACGAGACCAUCGCCUGGAUCUCUGAGAAGGACCUCAUUCUCGGGUCGGAUGACUAUGGCAGGGAUCUCGCUACUGUGCAAACGCUGCAGCGCAAGCACGAGGGGGUAGAACGCGACCUGGCAGCCCUCGAAGACAAGGUGACAACCCUGGGCGCGGAGGCGGACCGGCUGGCGGGCAUCCACGGCGACCACGCGCCGGCUAUACACGCCAAGAGAGGGGAGAUCGCGCAGGCCUGGCAGACGCUCGUUACUAAGGCUCAGGAGCGCCGCACGGAGCUCGAAUCCUCGCACGCUCUGCACCGCUUCCUCGCUGACUACCGCGACCUGGUGUCGUGGAUCAACGCCAUCCGCGCGCUCAUCGCCGCCGACGACCUCGCCAAGGACGUGCCCGGCGCCGAGGCGCUGCUCGAGAGGCACCAGGAGCAUAAGGGCGAGAUGGACGCGCGUGAAGACGUAAUCCGCGCAUGCGCGUCGGCCGGCCAGCAGCUCGUAGACUCCGAACACCGCGCCUCAGCCGAAGUCUCUCAAGCACUCGAUACGCUGCAGAGAGAGAGCUCAGCGCUGCAACAGCUGUGGGAGCAGCGAAGAGUGCUGUAUCUGCAGUGCAUGGACCUUCAACUGUUUUACCGCGAUACUGAGCAAGCGGACGCCUGGAUGCAUAAGCAAGAGGCAUUCCUCGGCAACAAGGACGUGGGCGACUCGCUGGACUCGGUCGAAGCUCUGCUCAAGAAGCACGAGGACUUCGAGAAGUCUCUAGCUGCACAGGAAGAGAAGAUAAAGGCGUUAGAUGAGUUCGCCACCAAGCUGAUUGAAGGGCAACAUUAUGCCGCUGAUGAUGUGGCUCAGAGGAGGGAGAUGUUGCUGGAGCGCCGCGCGGCCCUGCUCAAGAGUUCGAGCGAGCGCCGCACGCUGCUCGAAGACGCUUACAAGUACCAGCAGUUCGAGCGGGACUGCGACGAGACUAAGGGCUGGAUCAACGAGAAGCUCAAGUUCGCCACGGACGACUCGUACCUGGACCCCACCAACUUGAACGGAAAGGUGCAGAAGCACGGCAACUUCGAGCAGGAGCUGCAGGCGAACAAGCCCAGGGUGGACGAGAUCGCCGCCCAGGGGAAACAGCUGUUGGAGCAGGAGCACUUCGCUACAGCUCAAAUCGAGUCCCGCCUGAACGAGCUCGCCGGUCUAUGGGAGGCUCUAUCCACCGCCUCCGUGCUGAAAGGAUCCAAGCUGCAAGAGGCUGCUCAGCAGCAGCAGUACAACCGCGCCGUGGAGGACGUGGAGCUGUGGCUGGGCGAGCUGGAGGGGCAGCUGCUCAGCGAGGACUACGGGAAGGACCUGACAUCAGUGCAGAACCUGCAGAAGAAGCACGCUCUACUGGAAGCGGACGUGGGCUCGCACGCGGAGCGCAUCGACGCGAUCCGCCAGCAGGCCGACCAGUUCAUAGAGAGAGAGCACUUCGACGCAGACAACAUCAAGGCUAAGCGGGACGCGCUAGUAGCCCGCUACGCCGCUCUCGACAAGCCGAUGGCGAUCCGCAAGCGGCGCCUCCUAGACUCUCUGCAGGCGCAGCAGCUGUUCCGCGACUUGGACGACGAGAGCGCCUGGAUCCGGGAGAAGGAGCCCAUCAUCGCCAGCACCAACCGAGGCCGCGACCUGAUCGGCGUCCAGAACCUCAUGAAGAAGCACCAGGCAGUCACCGGGGAGAUGGCUCAACACGAGGCCCGGGUGGAGGCGGUGAGGGCUGCGGGGCAGGCGCUGAGGGACGCCGGCCACUUCGCAGCUGAAGAGAUUACUGCCAGGUUGAAGCAGCUCACGGACCAGUGGACGCAGCUGCAGGAGAAGGCCGCUCAGCGCAAACAAGACCUCGAGGACUCCCUCCAAGCGCAACAAUACUUCGCGGAUGCCAACGAGGCGGAGUCGUGGAUGCGCGAGAAGGAGCCCAUGGCCAACACGCAGGACUACGGCAAAGACGAGGACUCGUCUGAAGCCUUGCUGAAGAAACAUGAGGCGCUGGUGUCGGAUUUGGAAGCCUUCGGGAAUACUAUUAAGUCGCUGCGCGAGCAGGCUAACUCUUGUCGGCAACAAGAGUCCCCGGUGGUGGACGUGUCGGGCAAGGAGUGCGUGGUGGCGCUGUACGACUACGCGGAGAAGUCUCCACGCGAGGUGUCCAUGAAGCGCGGCGAUGUGCUCACCCUGCUCAACUCUAACAACAAGGACUGGUGGAAGGUGGAGGUGAACGACCGGCAGGGCUUCGUGCCGGCCGCGUACGUGAAGAAGAUCGACGCCGGCCUCUCCUCCUCGCAGCAGGACCUGGCCGACUCCAGCUCCAUCGCCGCCAGGCAGAACCAGAUCGAGUCCCAGUUCGACAACCUGCUCGGUCUGGCUCGCGAGCGACAGAACAAGCUCAACGAGACCGUGAAGGCGUAUGUACUGGUGCGCGAGGCCGCUGAGCUCGCCACAUGGAUCAAGGAUAAGGAGAUGCACGCGCAAGUGCAAGACGUGGGCGAGGACCUGGAACAGGUCGAAGUCAUGCAGAAGAAGUUCGACGACUUCCAGAACGACCUGCGAGCGAACGAGGUGCGGCUCGCGGAGAUGAACGAGAUCGCCGUGCAGCUCAUGACGGUGGGGCAGACCGAGGCCGCGCUCAAGAUCAAUACGCAGAUGCAGGAGCUGAACUCGAAGUGGUCGUCGCUGCAGCAGCUGACGGCGGAGCGCGCGCAGCAGCUCGGCUCCGCGCACGAGGUGCAGCGCUUCCACCGCGACGUGGAUGAGACCAAGGACUGGAUCGCUGAGAAGGAGGCAGCUCUAGCUACUGACGACCUGGGCCGUGACUUGCGUUCCGUGCAGACGUUGCAACGCAAACACGAAGGCCUGGAGCGCGACCUAGCCGCCCUCGGAGACAAGAUCCGUCAACUAGACGAGACGGCCAACCGGCUGAUGUCCUCCCACGGGGACUCCGCCGACGCCACCUACAGCAAGCAGCGCGAGAUCAACGAGGCCUGGCAGCAGCUGCAGGCAAGGGCCAACGCGAGGAAGGAGAAGCUGUUGGACUCGUACGACCUGCAGAGAUUCCUGUCGGACUACCGCGACCUGAUGGCGUGGAUCAACUCGAUGAUGGCGCUGGUGAGCUCGGAGGAGCUCGCUAAUGACGUCACCGGCGCCGAGGCGUUGCUCGAGAGGCACCAGAGUCAGCGCUUGGAGAUAGACGCGCGGUACGGCAUAACGCCGCAGGAGCACCGAACAGAGAUGGACGCGCGCGCCGGUACCUUCCAAGCUCUGGAGCUGUUCGGGCAACAGCUGCUGCAGGGCGGGCACUACGCCAGCCCCGACAUCCAGGACAAGCUGGCCAGCAUGGCCGACGCCCGACAGGAGCUGGAGAAAGCGUGGGUAGCCCGCCGUGUCAAACUCGACCAGAACCUGGAACUCCAGCUGUUCUACCGCGACUGCGCGACGGCGGAGGGGUGGAUGGCGGCGCGCGAGGCGUUCCUGGCGCCGGCGGCCGGAGACGCGCCCGACGCCGCCGCCAUGCCCGACAACGUGGAGCAGCUCAUCAAGAAGCACGAGGACUUUGACAAGGCGAUCAAUGCGCAUGAGGAGAAGAUCGCCCAAGUGCAGACGCUGGCCGAACAGCUGAUCGCUUCGGAGCACUACGCGGCGCCCGCCAUCGACGACAAGCGGCGGCAGGUGCUGGACCGCUGGCGCCAUCUGAAGGAGGCGCUCAUAGAGAAGCGCUGCCGUCUGGGCGACGAGCAGACGCUGCAGCAGUUCUCGCGCGACGCGGACGAGAUGGAGAACUGGAUCGCGGAGAAACUGCAGCUCGCUACUGAGGAGAGCUACAAGGACCCAGCCAACAUCCAGUCCAAACACCAGAAGCACCAGGCCUUCGAAGCCGAGCUCGCCGCCAACGCGGAGCGCAUCCAGUCCGUGCUGGCCAUGGGCGGCAACCUCGUGCAGCGCGGGCAGUGCAGCGGCAGCGAGGAUGCUGUACAGGCGCGGCUGGCGUCCAUCGCGGACCAGUGGGAGUUCCUGACGCAGAAGACCACGGAGAAGUCGCUCAAGCUGAAGGAGGCCAACAAGCAGCGCACCUACAUCGCCGCUGUGAAGGACUUGGACUUCUGGCUUGGAGAGGUGGAGAGCCUCCUAACCUCCGAGGACUCGGGCAAGGACCUGGCGUCCGUGCAGCACCUGAUGAAGAAGCAGCAGCUGGUGGAGGCGGACGUGGCGGCGCACGAGGACCGCAUCCACGACAUGAACCAGCAGGCGGACGCGCUGCUGUCCAGCGGCCAGUUCGACCACGCAGCUGGUAUAGCGGAGCGUCGCGCCGGCAUCAACGAGCGGUUCGAGCGCGUGCGCAACCUGGCCGCGCACCGCCGCGCGCGCCUCGACGAGGCCAACACGCUGCACCAGUUCUUCAGGGACAUCGCUGACGAGGAGUCGUGGAUCAAGGAGAAGAAGCUGCUGGUCGCAUCAGACGACUACGGGCGCGACCUCACCGGAGUCCAGAACCUUCUGAAGAAGCACAAGCGUCUGGAAGCCGAGCUGGCGUCUCACGAGCCCGCUAUCCAAGCCGUGCAAGAGGCUGGAGAGAAACUCAUGGAUGUGUCCAACCUGGGCGUGCCCGAGAUCGAGCAGAGGCUCAAGGCGUUGGCCCAAGCUUGGUCGGAACUGCAAACAUUGGCCGCGGAGCGAGGCGCCAAGCUGCAACAGUCGCUCGCCUACCAACAGUUCUUGGCUAAGGUUGAUGAGGAAGAGGCCUGGAUCAGCGAGAAGCAGCAGCUAGUGGUCGUAGCCGAAUGCGGCGACAGCAUGGCGGCCGUGCAGGGGCUGCUGAAGAAGCACGAGGCGCUGGAGGCGGAGCUGGCGGCGCGCGGCGAGCGGGGGCGCGAGCUGGCCGCGGCCGGCGAUGCGCUGCUGCGGCAGGGCAACCUGCACGCCGACGCGCUGUCGCAGCGCCUGCGACAGCUGCAGGCUAAACUCGACAAACUCACCCAACUAGCCGCCCGUCGCAAGGCGGCGCUAGUCGACAACUCGGCGUACCUCCAGCUGCUGUGGAAGGCGGACGUGGUGGAGUCGUGGAUCGCGGACAAGGAGACGCACGUGCGGUCCGACGAGUUCGGACGGGACCUGUCCACGGUGCAGACGCUGUUGACUAAGCAGGAUACUUUUGAUGCUGGCCUAGCCGCGUUCGAGCACGAAGGCAUCCAGAACAUCACCGCGCUCAAAGAACAACUAGUCGCGUCCUCCCACGAACAAACACCGGCCAUCGUCAAACGCCACGGUGACGUCAUCGCGCGCUGGCAACGCCUGCUGGCCGACAGCGCCGCGAGGAAGCAACGCCUGCUGCAGCUGCAAGACCAGUUCCGCCAGAUUGAGGAGCUGUAUCUCACGUUCGCUAAGAAGGCGUCUGCCUUCAACUCGUGGUUCGAGAACGCUGAGGAAGACCUCACGGACCCGGUGCGCUGCAACUCCAUCGAGGAGAUCCGGGCAUUACGCGAUGCGCACACGCAGUUCCAGGCAUCUCUAUCAUCAGCCCAGAGCGACUUCGAGGCUCUGGCCGCCCUGGACGAGCAGAUCAAGUCGUUCAACGUGGGCGCCAACCCCUACACCUGGUUCACCAUGGAGGCGCUCGAGGAGACGUGGAGGAACCUGCGCAAGAUCAUCGCGGAGCGCGACGUGGAGCUGACGAAGGAAGCUCAGCGCCAGGAGGAGAACGACAAGCUGCGCAAGGAGUUCGCCAAGCACGCUAACGCCUUCCACACCUGGCUCACCGAGACGCGGUACCGGUUGCUAGGCUGGAACGGCACAUCCAUGAUGGAGGGCACGGGCUCGCUGGAGCAGCAGCUGGAGACGCUGCGGCAGAAGGCGGGCGAGGUGCGCGCGCGCCGCGCCGACCUGCGCCGGCUUGAGGAGUUGGGCGCCGCCCUAGAAGAGCACCUGAUCCUGGACAACCGCUACACGGAGCACAGCACGGUGGGGCUGGCACAGCAGUGGGACCAGCUGGACCAGCUGUCCAUGCGCAUGCAGCACAACCUCGAGCAGCAGAUCCAGGCGCGCAACCACUCGGGAGUCAGCGAGGACGCCCUCAAGGAGUUCUCGAUGAUGUUCAAGCACUUCGACAAGGAGCGGUCGGGGCGGCUGAACCACCACGAGUUCAAGUCGUGUCUGCGCGCGCUCGGCUACGACCUGCCCAUGGUGGAGGACGGCCAGCCCGACCCCGAGUUCGAUGCUAUACUUAACUGCGUGGACCCGAACCGCGACGGCCAAGUCUCGCUGCAGGAGUACAUGGCGUUCAUGAUCAGCAAGGAGACGGAGAACGUGCAGUCCUCGGAGGAGAUCGAGAACGCGUUCCGCGCGAUCACCGCGCACCAGGACCGCGCUUAUGUCACCAAGGAGGAGCUGUAUGCGAACCUGACGAAGGAGAUGGCGGACUACUGCGUGGCGCGCAUGAACCAGUACGUGGACCCGAAGACCGAGCGACCCAUCCCCAACGCGCUGGACUACGUGGACUUCACCCGCACUUUAUUCCAGAAUUAAACGCCCACGCCGCCCGUGUGCCGCGCAGCUGGAGCUUUACCAACAGUGUUGCCAGAUUAAAAAUAUUAACUCCAAAAAGUUUUUGCGAUUUAUCUUGUGACGUCUCACCUCCUUUGUCGACGCACGGGCGUAUAAGCUUGAAAACCACCAAUUUUAUUCCAUAACUAUAAUAUUAUUAUUAAUCGUACCGAAUGUGGUAGUUUAUAGUUGACUAGAAUUUGCCCAUACGUGUUACUGCUUCACUAUUCCAUGUUGGCUGAUGCGGUGCUUAUACUUGAGCGUUUUCCUGCCUUCAAUAUCGUAAGGAGUAUUCGCUUUCUGUGUCCGCAUUUGCCUAAAACAUUUUCAAUAUUUAACGAUGUUUUACCUAUUGGUAUCUAAGCAGUAGUAAGGGUUCGAAUUCCUUUCUCUGGUUCCAGCAGAGAAACCAGAAACUCCCCGAUCUGCGACUAAUUCCCUCGACUCUGGUAUCCGUACCAUCUUCGAUCAAAUCCUAUCUCACGAGCUUUAUUCGACAAAUUGUAUUUGCCUUUCGCAUUGCAUUUAUUAUUCGUAGUUGUGUAAGAAAAAAGUAUUUUACGUCUAAGAUUAUGUUAUUCAUAAAUUAUUAUUGUAUCGCAUAAUAUGUUUGGUAAUUUCACGCUAAAUGUAUUUAUUUUUUGUAUCACUUCACUUCAAUAAAUAUUUCCUAAAAAUA